GUUUUCUGGAAUGCUGGCUGCCAAAUGGUGUCCUUGAAUUUUCAAACUCCAGAUCUGCCUAUGCAAUUAAAUCAAGGAAAGUUCGAAUACAAUGGAAAUUGUGGCUACCUUUUGAAACCAGAUUUUAUGCGUCGAUCAGACCGAAGUUUUGAUCCAUUUGCCGAGUCUCCUGUUGAUGGUGUUAUCGCUGCCCAAUGUGCAGUUCAAGUGAUUGCUGGUCAAUUCUUAUCUGACAAAAAAGUAGGAACAUAUGUUGAAGUUGACAUGUACGGUUUACCCACUGACACGAUUCGGAAGGAAUUUCGGACGAGGGUGUGCCCUAGCAAUGGCUUAAAUCCAGUUUAUAAUGAAGAACCAUUUUUAUUCCGAAAGGUUGUCUUACCUGAUCUAGCAGUAUUGAGAUUUGGUGUCUAUGAUGAAAACGGUAAACUUUUGGGCCAAAGAAUCCUUCCUCUUGAUGGUUUACAAGCUGGAUAUAGGCAUAUCUCCCUUCGAACGGAGGCUAAUUUUCCUCUGUCCUUGCCUAUGCUCUUCUGUAAUAUUGAGCUGAAAAUCUAUGUUCCUGAUGGUUUUGAAG